AUGCAUGUUAAGUAUUGGGGGGAAAAAAGCCUUUUCAAGAUAGCUGGUCAGGUGGGGAAAGCCAUUAGAGUAGACCAAGCUACUAAGAAUAGGGACAAGUUGAUGUUUGCCAAGGUGUUGGUUGAAGAAAACAUUGGCCAGCUAUGUCCUAAACAGAUUCAAUUUGUCAAUGAAAAGGGUCAUGUAAUUGAUCAACCUGUGGAAUAUGAUUGGCUUCCAGUCCUAUGCUCUCACUGUAGAGGGUUUGGUCAUGAGAGUACACAUUGCUCUAAAACUAUGAAACCCCCACAGAAGAAGGUAUGGGUACCUAAACCUGUACAACAGGAAAAGGUGGCGAAGGCCCCAUUACAUACACAUGAUGAUGAGAUCACCAUGGCACAAGGGGAGUGUACACAUGGUGUGGGUGCUGCGGAUGGGUUUGUGCAGGCCACUUCUUUCAGUAGGCAACAGUGCCAACAAUUGAAGCCAGUUAACACAAGGAAUAGCUUCCAGAUUCUCAACAUGGAUGAUUAUGAUGAAGUUGAGACAGUGAAGAGGCCUAAAUUGGGUGAUCUUUACCAAAAUGUUUGUCCUGGUUGGAACUUCACCACCAAUAUGAGUCUUUCUAACUCUGGUAAAAUCAUUUUAGCAUGGGAUCCUAAUACCUUUACAGUGAAUGUUGAGGCUAUGAGUAGUCAACACAUCCAUUGUUUUAUCACUCCCAGAAGCACUGGUAAUGGUUUCUUUGGAACUUUUAUCUAUGGCAUGAAUGAUAUGAAGGAUAAAAUUCCUCUGUGGAAUGCCUUGACUCAAAUUGCUGACCACUGCACUCAACCUUGGGUCAUUAUGGGUGAUUUUAAUGCCCUAAUGGACAUAGAGGAUAGAGUGGGAGCACCAAGACUGAAAUGGCUCAAGCUAGAUCUAAAACUUCUUAACAAGGAGGGAUUCAAUGAUGUGGAGGCCAAUGAUGUGAGAACCUAUGCAGAUUUGUUGGAAAAGAAAGAUAUUCUUCAUGCUAGUCCUAAUGAUGCUCUUGCUGCUACAGAGGAGAAACAAGCAGCAGAAGCUUACAAGAGUUCACACCAGGUGUACAUGUCCUUCUUGAAACAAACUGCUAAGAUCCAAUGGCUAGAAAAGGGGGAUGAGAAUUAUUUAAUAACACAGGGAGAAUAG